GGAACACAAAACACAGCUGCUUGAUUUCACACGGCAUCGGCACAGAGGAGUCUACAUACUUACACAUUCCCAUAUAUUGAUUGGAUCAACCAGUCGACUUCUACUUCUACUGUAGUUUGACAGAUGAAGGUCAAUCAGAGUCUGAUGGCGGCUCUGACUGAGAACAUGCUGAUCAUCAACAUGUUGCUGAGUGUCUUCUUUCUUCCAGGUGCUUUGGCUGAUUACUGUUCUGAUUUAAUACCAGCCCUCAGGAUCACUACACCAAAUAACAUGGAAGCUCUGACUGGAUCUUGUUUGCAAAUCCCAUGUACCUAUGACACAGAGCAUAGUAACCACAACAGCAGCAGAAGUAUCUAUGGAGUUUGGAUGAAAGGUGGAAUAGAUUUAGGGUCCGUUAGAAGCAAUCUUGUUUUCAACAGCAGUGGGUCAAUUAACACCUAUUCACUGAGUAUUACUGGAAAUCUGAAAGAGAAAAACUGCACCACUCUGUUUCCCAAUCUAACAACAAGUCACACAGACAAAUAUUUAUUCAGACUUGAAAACUAUCCAUUCAGAGCAACAGCUUGUGCCGAUCCUCUUCAAAUAACAGUUAAAGAUUCUCCUCAGCGUCCCAGCAUUGAUGUUCCCUCUGACCUGAAGGAGCAUCAGUCUGUCACUGUAACCUGCUCAGCUUUCACUCCGUGUCCACAAUCACCUCCUGAACUCACCUGGAAUCUCCAACAAGACUCUCUCAGACAAACAGAGAAAAACACAGAUGGAACCUUUACAACUAAAAUCCAGAAGAACAUCACUCUGUCAGACACACAUGAUGGAUACAACAUCAGAUGUUCUGCCAGAUAUUCUGUGAUUGGAGGAAACAAGACAGCAGAGACAAAAGUGACCCUCAGUGUUUCAUAUGCUCCUAGAAACACCUCAGCAUCCAUCCGUCCAUCAGGUUUGGUGUCAGCAGGUAGCUGGGUGGAGCUGAGCUGCUCCAGCAGAGCCAAACCCGUCAGCUUCACCUGGUUCUGGAAUGGCAUAAAAGUUUCUGAAAAACAAAAUUACAGCUUCAGUGUCACUAAGGAAGGAGAGUUUUAUUGUGUGGCCAAAAAUGACUUAGGAAAUGAAACAUCAUCAAGGAUCUGUGUCAGUAUUAAAGAUUCUCCUUGGAGUCCCAGCAUUGAUGUUCCCUCUGACCUGAAGGAGCAUCAGUCUGUCACUGUAACCUGCUCAGCUUUCACUCCCUGUCCACAAUCACCUCCUGAACUCACCUGGAAUCUCCAACAAGACUCUCUCAGACAAACAGAGAAAAACACAGAUGGAACCUUUACAACUAAAAUCCAGAAGAACAUCACUCUGUCAGACACACAUGAUGGAUACAACAUCAGAUGUUCUGCCAGACAUCCUGUGAUUGGAGGAAACAAAACAGCAGAGACAGAAGAGACUCUCAGUGUUUCAUAUGCUCCUAGAAACACCUCAGCAUCCAUCAGUCCAUCAGGUUUGGUGUCAGCAGGUAGCUGGGUGGAGCUGAGCUGCUCCAGCAGAGCCAAACCUCCACCCAGCUUCACCUGGUUCAGGAACAACAAAGAUGGAGUCACUAAUGUGUCCAUGGGGCCCGUUUACGGCUUGAAUGUUACUGAGGAAGGAGAGUUUUACUGUGUGGCCAAAAAUGACUUAGGAAAUGAAACAUCAUCAAGGAUCUGUGUCAGUAUUAAAGAUUCUCCUUGGAGUCCCAGCAUUAAUCUUCCCUCUGACCUGAAGGAGCAUCAGUCUGUCACUGUAACCUGCUCAGCUUCAACUCCGUGUCCACAAUCACCUCCUGAACUCACCUGGAAUCUCCAACAAGACUCUCUCAGACAAACAGAGAAAAACACAGAUGGAACCUUUACAACUAAAAUCCAGGAGAACAUCACUCUGUCAGACACACAUGAUGGAUACAACAUCAGCUGUUCUGCCAGAUAUCCUGUGAUUGGAGGAAUCAAGACAGCAGAGACAGAAGAGACUCUCAGUGUUUCAUAUGCUCCUAGAAACACCUCAGCAUCCAUCAGUCCAUCAGGUUUGGUGUCAGCAGGUAGCAGGGUGGAGCUGAACUGCUCCAGCAGAGCCAAACCUCCACCCAGCUUCACCUGGUUCAGGAACAGCAAACAAGGAGCCAUUAAUGUGUCUGUGGGGCCCGUUUACAGCUUCAAUGUUACUGAGGGAGGAGAGUAUUACUGUUUGGCUAUAAAUAAUCUGGGUAAUGAAACGUCAUCCAGGCUCUGUGUUGGAAUCAAAGAUUCUCCUUGGAGUCCCAGCAUUAAUCUUCCCUCUGACCUGAAGGAGCAUCAGUCUGUCACUGUAACCUGCUCAGCUUUCACUCCCUGUCCACAAUCACUUCCUGAACUCACCUGGAAUCUCCAACAAGACUCUCUCAGACAAACAGAGAAAAACACAGAUGAAACCUUUACAACUAAAAUCCAGGAGAACAUCACUCUGUCAGACACACAUGAUGGAUACAACAUCAGAUGUUCUGCCAGAUAUCCUGUGAUUUUAGGAAACAAGACAGAAGUGAAAGCCGUAAUGCUUAAUGUUUCAUAUGCUCCUAGAAACACCUCAGCAUCCAUCAGUCCAUCAGGUUUGGUGUCAACAGGUAGCUGGGUGGAGCUGAGCUGCUCCAGCAGAGCCAAACCUCCACCCAACUUCACCUGGUUCAGGAACAGUGAACAUGGAACCACUAACAUAUCUAUGGAGCAGGUUUACAGCUUCAAUGUUCCUGAGGGAGGAGAGUAUCACUGUGUGGCUACAAAUCAUCUGGGUAAAGAAAGGUCAUCAGUUAUACUAGUUACAAUGAAAGGUGAAAAACUUUUGGUCCCCGUCACCGUGGGGAUUAUUGUGGUCAUCUGCUUUCUUGUUUUUCUGGUUGUGUCUGUUUGGUAUUUUAUGUCCAAACAUUCAGCGCCACAAAAGCUUCAGAGUCAAAUGGACAUAGAUCUUGGUGUUCAGAAUCCAGCAUUUGAGCAAGAGGAAGAACUGCAUUAUGGGGAAAUCAAAGUAAUCAAGAAGGCACCCAUAGUUUCACUUAUUCCAGUUCAGGACAAUGAGCAGCAGGAGACGAUAUACGCACAGGUCAAAGUGUCAACGCCAGAAAACCCUUCAACACAGCCUGAUGACAGCCCAGAGAAUAACUACGCUGAAGUGAAGAAAAAAUAAUGCUUGUCGUGAGAUAAGAAAUUUUUUCUUUUGUUUUGUGUCAUGAAUCUAUUCACUUUAGACAAAAAGAGGAUUUU